AUCUCGCUCACUAGAAAAACUUGUAUCGUUGUGGUCGUUUUGUUCAAAUCCUCGUUUUUUUACAGUAAUUGCGUACUUUCUGAUACGUGAAACCAUGUCGCUCCAGGGCCGGAAAUCCCAGCUCCUUCUGCAGUACAAAUUAGCCACGGACACCUUUGCCAUGACCGAGGUGAAAGAGGAAACCGGCACAGGCGCCACCAAAAGUUCCUACGUGAAGGCACGCCGCUACACGUCUCCGGAGUUUACCGUGGAAGCACAGGCGGACUAUCCGGAGAUUCCCGCAUCCCGAUGGACACUCGUCCUUGAGGUCGACUUGCGCAAGUACACUGUGAAGUCCACACUGACAAACGUGGAUUUCACCGCGGGUUUCCACGGUGUUCUGGUGCAGUACAGCGUUAGUUCAAGCGCCAAUGCCUAUACUAUCUGGCUGCCGCCAGCGGGAGCGGAACCCCAGCCUGCAGAGUAUCGCCAUGUAGAUUCCGCUUGGCCGUUUCUCGGCGAACUGAUGUGCGACGCCAAUGCCAACGGGGAGCGAUGCAUCGGUGCAUGGAACAGUGUGCGUCCGGGUCGGACCGUGUACCUGACACUGGCCUUCGAGAUCAACCGCGGACCGACGGAUCUGACGCCCAUCUUGGACGCCGGCCAGUUUACCGACUGCACGCUGAUCUCCAGCGAUGGACGCACCUUCUCGGCGCAUCGUGCGAUCCUGGCGGCUGUGUCACCCGUUUUCAUGGUGCUGUUUGAGAAUCAAGGGGACCACCCGCCCAGCCACUAUCUGAUCGACCUCACCGGGGAGCUCCUGGAGACCCUGCUGCAGUACGUGCACGAUCGGAUGCCGAUGAAAUUGGCCGGGCGACUGGAGGAAUUCUGGGCGGUGGCGGAGCAGUUCGAGAUGACGGCGCUGCAGUGUGCCUGUGAGGAUAUGAUGAUGGCGGAUGUGGGGAAGGAAAACGCGAUGAAGUACUUUGAUUUUGCGCGGGAACGUGGACUGGAGCAUCUGCAGCGGAAGGCGGCGACGUGCAUUGCUAGCGACCUGUAA